AUGUCGAAUCGCUACGAAAGAGAAGCCGAAGACCGUUACGAAGCUGACAACGAUACCUCCCCCAUCUCGGGUACUGUCUACGAUAACUCCUAUGCCAACGAGACCCAGUCCGGCUUGAUGGGCCAAAUCCCCGUGCAGAAGGAUGAGGACAACUAUGACGACCCCAUGCAGCCCCCCUACUCCAACUCGGACCAGCAGCUCGCACAGGAUGAGAAGGAGGCCAUUGACCAGUCCAAUAUCAUGCAGGGCAGCCGCCUGCGUCACGCGAAGCCGUCCACAAGAAACGCCUACAACGAAGGCCCUGAUGAGGAUGAUCUGCCGGACGAGGUCCGUUACGGCAACUCUGGUGUUUCCAGCACC